CUCCCAUUGGAAGCAAUUUUUUCUUUUUAGCCUUGGGGAAGCAUUAGGGCUGCCUGAAAGCAUUGCAGAGACUGGGGGGUUUUGGUUAUUGAGAUCUUUUAUCCCCCACAAGCACAUUACCUCAUUUUUUUUGGAGUCCUUUAUGUCUGGGCUGUGGGAUCAGGAGGGCACGGUGGGGCUAUGGCAGGUAUCACUUGUUUGUCCCUGAUCCAUGUGCUCUCCCAGGCUGCUUGUCCCCCCAUCUGUGUGCCCUACUGGGCCUGCUUAUGAAGCAUCCGGUGGCAGUGGUGUGUGUGACCCCUAUACUCUUCAUUUUUAAAAAUGGGAGAGGGAGGUGGCAGUUAGCCAAGCAUCAGACUUGGUCACAUCGGUAAUGCUCAGGAUACAAGCUUGGUUUCCAGAGUCUCAACACUUGGAGCAAAUUGACUGUGAAAUCCCAGUGUUCUGCAAACUGCCCUCCUGGCUCCAGAAAAAUACCAGGGAAAUCAUUGGCUCCCUGCUGCUAUGCCUGUGUGCCCUGCUCCCAUGGGGAGAUCUCUAAUAGAACAGAUAUGGAAAAUUGUUACAAAUGUGAAGACAAUGAGUGGCCAAAUCAGGAGAAGACCCUGUGUAUUGAGAAACAAAUAGAAUUUCUUUCCUAUGCUGAUGAUCCCCUAACUCUAAUCUCUAUUAUCUCAUCUGUAAUCCUUUUUAUAAUAGCAGCAGUUAUACUGGGAAUCUUUAUUUCAUUCCGAGACACCCCAGUAGUGAGAGCCAAUAAUCACACUCUGAGCUUCCUCCUCCUUGUCUCCAUCAAGCUGAGUUUCCUCUCUGUGUUUCUGUUCCUCGGUCGCCCUGUGGAUAUAACCUGCAUGCUCCGGCAAACCUCCUUUGGGAUCACCUUCUCCAUAGCUGUGUCUUGUGUCCUGGCCAAGACUCUCAUGGUUUCCAUUGCAUUCAAAGCCACCAAGCCUGGGAGUCCCUGGAGAAAAUGGGUUGGGGUAAAACUGGCAAAUGGGCUUGUUUUUAAUCUUUCAUUAAUUCAGUUUCUGAUUAGUGUUAUCUGGUUGGUUAUUGCACCCCCUUAUGUGGAGCACAACACACAUUCUGAACCUAGAAAAAUCAUCAUUCAGUGCAAUGAGGGCUCAGUAGUUGCCUUCUAUAUUGUCCUCUCCUACAUGGGACUGUUGGCAUCUGUGAGCUUCAUUGUAGCUUUCUUGGCUCGGAGCUUACCGGACAGUUUUAAUGAGGCCAAGUACAUCACUUUCAGCAUGCUGCUCUUCUGCAGUGUUUGGAUCACAAUGAUCCCGGCCUGUCUGAGCACCAAAGGCAAAUACAUGGUGGCAGUGGAAAUAUUUGCCAUCAUCUCUUCAUCCUGUGGCCUUCUCUUCUGUAUAUUCCUACCCAAAUGUUACAUUAUUUUAUUCAAACAAGAGAUGAACUCAAAACAAUAUUUGUUGGGAAAAUGUAAUACAUAAAAGCUAAUUUAUUAUACAGGGUACAAAUACUGUCCCCCUGUCCCACCCACCCUCCGGGUUAGGGAGCGCCAGUGGUUGUACCAAGCUAUGGAGCUAUUUCCUUAUGGCCGGCUCUAUGGCAGGGGAUAAAUACAAGGCUAAGUUGCUCCCACUCUCUCCCUGCCCCUGGGUAUUUAAUGUGGGCUGUUGUACAGAGGGCAGAUAUGGUCCGACUGCAAGUGCUUGAGAAUGAGCCCUAAGGGAUAUGAAUUUGCUCCCCUUAGUGCUCCUGCACUGGCAGUAGGGGCAGGUAAUUAGUAAUUUGCUGUUAUGGGAAUUGUUUUCUUAUAAAUCAAUGCUUUGUUACAUUUGGCAAAAAAACAUCUUUUUCAUCUUUUCUAAUAAAAUUGGAGGUGCCCUCUGGGCCUGAUGUGAUUAAA